AUGGGGUCAGCCCCAGUGCUCCUGAGUAAGGGGGUCAGCCCAGUGCUCCUGAGUAAGGGGGUCAGCCCCAGUGCUCCUGGGUACGCGGCCCCAGUGCUCCUGAGUGAGGGGGUCAGCCCAGUGCUCCUGAGUGAGGGGGUCAGCCCAGUGCUCCUGAGUGAGGGGGUCAGCCCAGUGCUCCUGAGUGAGGGGGUCAGCCCAGUGCUCCUGAGUAAGGGGGUCAGCCCAGUGCUCCUGAGUAAGGGGGUCAGCCCAGUGCUCCUGGGUACGCGGGUUAGUAAGCUGGAGAGAGAGAAGAGCCAUGAGGUGAGACAUGAGCAACACAAGUCUACAGUGGUGGUGACUGAGCUGAAGGCCAAGCUCCACGAGGAGAAGACUAAGGAGCUGCAGGGGCUCAGGGAGACGCUGCUACGGACCCACGAGCUGGAGCUGAUGAGGGUUAUCAAGAUCAAAGACGGAGAGAUCCAGAGACUACAGGCGCUGGUUAAUGCGCUGCGAGAUGGAUCCACAGACAAGGUGAAGACGGCUAUGUUUGCGGAGGCGCGUGAGGAGGCCAGGCGUGGUUUUGAAGGGGAGAGGAGCAGACUACAGCAGGAGAUCUACGAGCUGAAGGGCAUGAAGAGACAGAUGGAGGAAGCUCUGAACUUGGCCGUCCACGCAGACAAGACCAAGGCUGCUGAGAUACGCUCCGUCUAUCAUGUACACCAGGAGGAGGUCACCCGCAUCAAGAGGGAGUGUGAGAGGGAGAUACGCAGACUGAUGGAUGAGAUUAAGGUAAAAGACAGAGCAUGCUGUGUGCUGGGGAAGGAGCUGGGUGUUCAGGCUGGACACACUCAGAGGCUCCAGCUGCAGAAGGAGGCUGUGGAUGAGCAGCUAGCCCAGAUCAGAAGCAGGGAGGCUGGGGCAGGAGGACACCUCCACAGCCCCAAACGAGAUGCUCCUUACCCCAGUGGUGCAGGAGACACCUCAGAGAGCCUCGAACAGCAGUUGGCUGAGAAGGAGGCGCGACGCUUCCAGCUAAAGAUCGCUGAGCUGAGUGCCGUCAUCCGCAAACUGGAGGACCGCAACGCCCUCUUGUCAGAGGAAAGAAAUGAACUGCUGAAGCGCCUAAGAGAGGCAGAGAGCCAGUUUAUGCCCCUGCUGGAUAAGAACAAGAGGCUGAGCAGGAAGAAUGAGGAGCUGGCCCACGCAUUCAGACGCAUGGAGAACAAACUACGCUUCAUUACAGAGGAGAACAUGGAAAUGAGAGAGAAGGUUGCCACCAAAAGACGUCCCAGCUCUCUAAACGACCUUGAUCAGAGUCAGGAGGAGAGAGAGAUCGAGUUCCUCAGACUGCAGGUUCUGGAACAGCAGAAUAUUAUUGACGACCUGUCAAAGGCACUGGAGACAGCUGGAUACGUGAAGAGUGUGAUUGAAAGAGAUAUGCUGCUGAGGUACAGGCGGCAGGGCAGCCUGGGGAGGAAGAAGGCCAUCAGGCCGUCUAAACCGCUGGUAGAGACCUUCUUUGGUUACGAUGAAGAGGCCUCUAUAGACUCAGACGGUUCCUCCAUCUCCGUCCACACAGACAGGACACCGUGCACACCAGACGAUGACCUGGAGGAGGGUAUGAUCAGGGAGGAGACAGAGAUAAGGUUUCAUCAGUUGACCAUGGAGUACCAGGCUCUUCAGAGAGCCUAUGCACUUCUACAGGAGCAGGUGGGGGGCACGUUUGAUGCAGAGAAGGAAGUCAAGACAAGAGAACAGUUGCAAGCAGAGCUUAUUCUCUACCAAACGAGAAUACAGGACCUGGAGUGUGUUCUGUCCCAGCAAGGACAGGAUAUGAAGUGGAUCGAGGAGAAACAAGCCCUGUAUCAAAGAAAUCAAGAACUUAUAGGGAAGAUCAAGCACAUGGAAACAGAGGAGUCCCGUUUAAAAAACGAAUUUCAGGACGCCAGAGACCAAAAUGAACUCCUGGAGUUCCGGAUCCUUGAACUUGAAGAGAGGGAGAGGAGAUCUCCAGGAAUCAACUUCCACGACAUCCACUUCUGUGAAGGCAUCAGUCCACUGCAGGUGUACUGUGAGGCCGAGGGAGUCACAGACAUCAUCAUCACAGAGCUAAUGAAAAAGCUAGAUAUACUGGGGGAUAAUGCCAACCUAUCCAACGAGGAGCAGGUGGUGGCCAUUCACGCCAGGACCGUCUUAACGCUAGCAGAGAGGUGGCUUGAGAAUAUAGAGGUCACCAAAACAGCUUUAGCACAGAAAAGGAUGGACAUUGAAAGUGAGAAGCAUGUGUUCAGUAAACAGAAAGGCUAUCUGGAUGAGGAGUUGGACUACAGGAAACAGUCCAUGGCUCAGGCUCACAAGAGGAUCUUGGAGCUAGAGGCAAUGCUGUUUGAUACCCUGCAACAGGAUGCGGGGGCCAAGAUAUCAGAGAUGCUGUCGGACGACGAGAGGGAGACACUGCGUCGGGCGGUGGAGCAGUGGAAGAGAGGGGUCAUGAUGGAGCUAAGAGAGAGGGACUCACAGAUCCUCAGGGAGAGAAUGGACAUGCUACAGCACUCACAGCAGAGAAUCAAAGAGCUGGAGGAAUGGAUAGCAGCUCAGAAAAGACAGAUAAAGGAACUCGAAGAAAAGUUUUUAUUUUUAUUUUUGUUUUUUUCUUUAGCCUUCAUUCUUUGGUCAUAGUUCUCCAGGGAAACGAGAGCAAUUCACAGGUUUCCAGAUUGUCUUGUACAUUGUGUUCAAGAGGACAAGAUUUGGAAUCCAAGAUGGCUCCCAGAGUCCUGAAAGUAUUUUCGAAGACUUCUUCACACGAGAAACCAGUCAACUAUGCUGCAACACUGACUUUAGAUAGAAUUCUAUCACCAUGUUUUUUUUUUGUUUUUUUUUUAAAGGACAAAAAAAACAAUGUUUUUUUUUAUUUUUUAUUUUUUUUACUUCAGUAACCUUUUUAAACCUGACUGCUGUCCCUCGUUAGUGAUGAUGAUGAUGAUGAUGAUGAUGAUGAUGAUGAUGAUGAUGAUGAUGACGUCUCGAUGGAAGAGUUCCUCUCUGUGGAUGAAGACUUCAGUGGAAUUGAAGAACUCUUAAUAAAUGGCGAUGUUCUGUGUCUUCUUUUCCCUGCUGAGCAGGUGGUGCUCUGGUCGCUUCCCUUUGGAAGCAUAACGAAGAAGAAGAAGAGUUUGAUUGAUUGAUUGAAAAACGAACUGUAGUGAAGUCAGGCGGUACUCCUGCUCGAGGCUUGACCCUGGAUCUUUACUGUUCAACCCAACACUUUAGCCAAGAGAUCCAAAACCUCUUGACGAGGUCACCAGGUGUUGGGUUACGUUAAACGACGGUGAAGUGAGACAUUUUUACCUUAGCUCUGAGCAUUCACACACACUUCACUGAAGCUGAGCGUUUCCUAAAAUGGACACCAUACCACUGUUUACACUAUCUGACCACGCUGUUAUUACACUCCCAGGGAGCUCGUCACAGUGAUGCUGCCCAUACUAAAACUGGCUUUGUGGCCAGUGUGCCCUCUAUCUAUCUCUAUGGCCUCAGCCCUUCCCCUGUCUAGUCCAGACAUGCAGUUGGACUCAUUAACUCCUCAAAUCUCAGUGUUUGAAAUGAAACCCGAAGCCAAACUGUGGUAUUAUUAGACACCAUGUAUUUUUAUAUGUAUGAAAAAAGGCAUAGAUUUUAUAAUACAUUUCUCAAAAGAGGAAUAAAUAAAAUGCUAAAUUAGAUAUUAUUUUUUGUUGAUGAAGAAUGAAGGAGCUUUCAAUGAUUUUAGAAUUUUCAAUUUGAUCAGAUUUAUGUAAAUCUGAUCUUCCCCCUUGGUGCUUGGGAGAGAGUGUGUUUGUUUUAGAUAGGGGACCUUGGUUAGUUCUGUUAUGUCCUGAUGGAGAGGGUGUGUUUGUUUUAGAUAGGGGACCUUGGUUAGUUCUGUUAUGUCCUGAUGGAGACAAAUACCUCCCAUUGAAUCUUCAUGACUCUAUGUUAAAGCAGAUUGUGAAUGAAAGAUGUAUUUUAUGCAUUAUGUUGCCAUUAAAUGGGAUCAAGCCCCA